AACUAUAUAUAUAUACAGAGAAUUAUCGUUUUCGUGCUGUGUUUAGUGUUUACUCUGUUCUUGUGUUUGCGUUGCUUGGAAGAGGCUCUCCCUACACUACAGGGUAGGAAGAUUUGUGAUGGGUGGAAGUUCUAUUGGUGAUGACUGGGAGCUCACUUCCUCAUCUAACGAGGGUCGGACAGUGGUCUUAGUUGGACGAACUGGCAAUGGCAAGAGUGCAACAGGUAAUACCAUUCUUGGAAGGAAGGUCUUCAAGUCAAGGGCUAGCUCCUCUGCUGUAUCCACCUCAUGUGAAUUGCAGACAACAGAAUUAAACGACGGACAAAUUGUUAAUGUUAUUGACACCCCAGGAUUAUUUGAUUUGUCUGUCGGAUCUGAGUUUGUUGGUAAGGAAAUUGUCAAAUGCAUUGAUUUGGCCAAGGAUGGGAUCCAUGCUGUCAUUGUAGUGUUCUCGGUUAGAACACGCUUUACUGAGGAAGAAGAAACUGCUCUUCGGAGCUUGCAGACAUUAUUUGGAAGCAAAAUUGUUGAUUACAUGAUUGUGGUCUUCACUGGAGGAGAUGAAUUGGAAGAAAAUGCUGAGACACUUGAGGAUUAUUUAGGCCGUGAAUGUCCAGAGCCUUUAAAGGAAAUUCUUGUUUUGUGUGACAAUCGUUGCGUACUUUUUGAUAACAAGACUAAGGAUGAAGGGAAGCGCUUUGGACAAGUUCAACAACUUCUCUCUUUUGUAAACACAGUUCUAUCACGUAAUGGUGGACGACCUUAUACAGAUGAGUUAUUUACACAACUGAAGAAGGGAGCAAUGGAGCUGCAUAACCAACAAAGAGAGGUUGAUUCUUUAAAAGGAUAUUCAAAAGGAGAGAUAUUGAAGUUUAAAAAGCAAAUGCAGCAAACAUAUGAUGACCAAUUAAAGCGAAUUACUGAGAUGGUUGAAUCAAAGUUGAGGGAGGCAACUAUGAGGCUUGAGCAACAAUUGGCAGAAGAGCAAGCUGCAAGACUUAAGGCAGAGGAGAAUGCAAUGUUAGCUCAAAUGAGAUCAGAUGAUGAAAUACGAAAACUCAGAGAACAUCUUGAGAAGGCACAUGAAGAACUUCGCAAGCGAGGUGAAGGUCGUUGUGCCAUUCUUUGAUAGUAGCCACUUCAUACUUCAAAGAGUUUAUUUAUGUUAUUUUUCUCUUGGAUCGUGACAUCAAAUAGCUGUUGCAUUUGCAGGGUUAAUACCUGUGUAAGUGCCAUGACUAUUAUGCAAUUAUUUUUAUUCCAUGUUCACAUCAUGCAUUAUGAGAUUGGAGAUAUUUUCUAAUCUGGUUUUCAUACUUGUCCAGUAAUUUCAAUACGAAUUUUAGUGUUUUCUGUUGAA